AUGUCCAAAAUCCUUAUAAAAUUUAUACAGGAUAAACAGAAAUGGGAAGCAAUGGGGAAAAUUGGACAAAGCUUAAUGAGCCUUGCUAAUCAAGAUGGUGAGAUAUUUGGAUAUUGUGGAGGCCAACUUGCCUGCACAACAUGCAGAGUUUAUAUAGCUAAAAAAUACCAACCUUUACUCCCUAAGCCAACAGAAAUAGAAGAAGAUGUGCUUUGUGAGCUUCCAAAUAACAUAAAUUAUCCUGAAAAAGAUUAUGUAAAACGAAUGUCAUGCCAAUUGAAAUGCACGAGCCAGCUUAAUGGCCUCACGGUGGUGAUUCCUCCGCCAAUUCUUUAA